UCAUAUCCAGCAGUGAGAUGAAAUACAGAGUUCAGAGAAGAACAUCCAUGAUUCAUAGCAACAUUAUCCAAUCGUAUUUGACGUUUCAGAUUUCUCUUUUUAUUUAAACUAAUACAGUUCAUACAGACAGGAUUUCUGUGCUGCCAAGUUCAGUAACUUUAUAGUUGGAAAUUUCAUUCUGCUAGACCAGCGUGGUUGAGUAGUUGAAUAUUGCCAAAGCAGUUGUGUUGUUGAGUGAAUCCCUACCAAGUUUAAAAAUGGGCGACGUUGCAAAGGGCAAAAAGGUAUUUGUUCAGAAGUGUUCCCAGUGUCACACAGUGGAAAAUGGAGGGAAACACAAGACUGGCCCCAACCUACAUGGUUUGUUUGGACGCAAAACUGGCCAGGCUGAAGGGUUCUCAUACACAGAGGGAAACAAAAACAAAGGAAUCACCUGGAGUGAGGAUACACUGAUGGAAUACCUGGAGAAUCCAAAGAAGUACAUUCCAGGAACAAAGAUGCUAUUCAGUGGUAUCAAGAAGAAGUCUGAGAGACAAGACGUGAUUGCUUACCUCAAAGAAUCUACAUCUGCAUAACCUCAUGCAUCACCUCUUUGCUUUAUUUAUUCCACAUUCCUUCUACACUAAAUAUAAUGAUUUCUAUUUUGUAUAUACAUUGUAUCUUUUAAUGACUGUUUAGGUUUUGUUUCGAAAGGGUUUUAGAUUUCUGGUCAUGAUGAUAUUAUUAUAUGGAAUAGUUGGGCUGGGGCCUGCAGGAAUAUAAAAAAGUAUAAUUGUUUUAUCUAAAGGAUGAGUGUCCUGGAUUUGUGCUCGCAACACAUAUACUGUAUAUUAUUUCAUUAACAACAAACCAUACAAAAAAACAUUGUUAAUACUACGCUAUUGUAACAUGGUUAAGCUUUCUUUGCACCUUAUUUUGUAUUGAUAAUGUGUCAUUGGAUGCUAUGGUAGAGUUGUACAACCAUUCUUUAAGUGACACUUUGGACUAUUUUGUAUCGGAAAAAACCUGUCUUGUGUCUUUCUCCCGUUCUUCCCCGUGGUUCACUGAGGAGUUACGUACAAUGAAAGCAGCAGGGCGUAAACUUGAGCGUUUGUGGAAGAAGACAGGUCUAAAUGUUCAUUUACAAUCCUACAAGCAGCAUCAAUUAAUUUAUGGUACUGCCUUGAAAUUAGCUAGGUCAUCGCAUUAGUCUGGCGUGAUUGAGGGAGGUAGUGGUAAUUCUAGGCUGCUAUUCUCGACUAUCAAUCGUAUGCUAAAGCCAGCAUGCAUAUCCCCACUACCAGCCUCAACUGACCCGUUCAACUCCUUCAAAAUAAGAUUGAUAAUAUACAACUUCAAAUUCUGUGUUCUGAAACCAAUGCUACCUUAUCUGUUGAUUCUCCUGCCGACACUGGGACUGUUUUAACUGACUUUGUAGAGAUUACCUCCUCUUUACUCAAGUUUUGUUUUCCAUCCUUAUGCCCCUCUGUAACUAGUUUAAUAAGUUAAUCAUUGAGAUCUGGUGUUGUUCCCUCACCUCUCAAACUGGCUGCUGUUACUUCAUUAUUGAAGAAAACAAAUCUUGACCUUGAAGCUUUAUGUAAUUACAGGCCAAUCUCAAAUCUACCUUUUCUGACCAACAUUUUAGAACGGGUGGUAGCGUCUCAGCUUCAGUCCCAUUUAGUGUUAAAUCAGCUUCAUGAACCUUUCCAAUCCGGUUUUAGAUCUGCACACAGCACAGAAACUGCCCUAGUUUAGGAAAUGAUUUGUUGACAGCUGCUGACUCAGGCACCCCAUCCAUUCUUGUUUUGUUGGAUCUAAGUGCGGCCUUUGAUAUUGUGGAUCAUGACAUUGGCUGCCAGUAAAAUUCAGAAUAAACUACAAGAUCUUGAUGCUGACGUUUAAGGCUUUGCAUGGCCUUGGCCCAUCAUAUGUCAGGGACAUGCUUAACCUUUAUUUGCCGCCGCGGAACCUGCGGUCUGCUAAUGACUCUAAUCUACUUGUGCUGAAGACAAGGCUUUGCACUAUGGGCUCGAUGUCCCCCUGCCUUUGGAACAAUCUGCCUGGACAGUUGAAGGACUGUGAGACUAUUGAGGCUUUUAAAUCUGGACUCGACAUAUUCUCGACUCGACUGCCAGUGGUGUGUAUGCUGGUGGUGGUGUGUAUCUUCAUAUAGCAAUUGUAGCUCGUGUUGCCGCUGCUCCUACAUUCUUAGCCCGGCACUGGCUCUGUCUGUAGUGAGAGGGGUAGGAGGAGAUCUAGAAUGGCUCCUAUGUGAUUAUUUUGCCUGUCAAAUGAAAAUCCAGCUCCUUUCUUUAAUAGCUGUAAGAAUGGGAUUAUUUAGUCAAUGGAAUACAUGCCUGAUACUGGGUAUCUGAAUUCCAUUGGAGGUGAGAUUGAGGACUCCCUAGGUUCUGUUUAGUUGGAGCGCCACGUUAUUUUGAUUUGAAUAUAUUAUGUUGACCAAGUCCUCAACCACAUCUCCAAUUCACCAAUGUAAUUUUAUGGCUUCCAAGCUCAGUACCAGUUGGAAAUUUUGGCAAACUGUAGCAUUGCAGCACAAGUUUCAGCAACAGAUCAGUUUUAUGGAGCAGUUUCAAUUCAAAAUACUGCAUUAGUUCAUUAUCUCACGAUGCUUUAUAACUUUAAACACCAUAGUAACAAUGACCCUAUCUACACACUGUAAGGAGUUAUAAAAGCUAGUUUUACAUUUAACCUUAAGGAGAGGACAAAGGUCAUGAUCAAGGUAAUUUUUUUAAUAGAGCAUAUAUGGGUUACUAAAUGUGUUAUAUAGUAACCAUAAACCUAUAUGCACUGUAAGGAGUUAUAAGCUAGUUUUACAUUUGACCUUAGAGAGGUCAAAGGUCACAGGCAAGGUGAUUUUUGGAUAGAACAUAUAUGGGUUCCUAUCUGUGUUUCAUAGUAACCAUUAACCUAUAUGCACUCAGUAAGGAGUUAUAUGCUAGUUUUACAUUUUAACUUAAGGAGAGGUCAAAGGUUGCAGGCAAGGUCAUGUUUGCAUAGAGCACAUAUGGUUUCCUAUAUGUGUUCCAUAGUAACUAUGACCCUAUCUACACUUGUUAUAAGCCAGUUUUGCAUUGGACUUAAAGGCGAGGUCAAAGGUCACGGUCAAGUCAAUUUUUGAAUAGAGCAUAUAUGGGUAGUAACUCCAGUUCUCCGUGAAACAAGGGAAGUGCUGGUGUCCGGUUUGGAGCUGGCCUUCGGCUACAGCACGGGAUGAUACCUGCCAAGUUUCAUGUUGAUUGGUUACAUCGUGUGCUAACAGGAGCAGUUUAAAGUUUUGGGAGGAAAAACAACAUUAAUAAAAAAAUAAUAAUAAUAAAUACAAAAAAUAAUCUUUACAGUAACAAUAGGCUUCCCAAGCCAGCUUGGAAGCCUAAUAAUCAUUAAAACUUUAAAGAAACAAGAAUAAUAUUGGUAAGCGGUUACACCACAGCCUGAAAAAUACUAUCCAAUUAUACUAUCUGCACAGUCAUGCCAUUGUACAAUGUUAAGGUGUUGUAUGACUCUGUAAAUCCAGUUUGAAUUUUAAGACCAUAGUUAGCGUGAGGUACAAGGGAUUCAUUCAAUGAUUGACGUUAAUAAACCAUGCAAGUCUAAUAUUUCAUGUACUGUUCACAUCUUUAU